UUCCCCCGAAAGAUAGUUUCACAAAUCUUAUCAUACGAGAUGAUUUCAUGUGGGACAACAAACAUGAAAUACAUGUGGGAAUUACCUGUGGAUUUUCACAGUAGCAGUUUUUAGUCUCGUUUUCCAGAACUUUCAUAGCCAUGACUAGUUUCUCGAUGUUUGUAUAUCUUUUGCCUGAUGGGUCUUCAUCUACUAGACCCAAUUGAGUUAUUGUCUGUCGAUGGAGAAAAAAUAAAUGAUAAGAUUAAUGGAGAAUCAAUCUACCCGAAGUUGAGAAAACAGGUCUUAGUUCAGUCGGUUCAAACUUCGGAAAUCCGUGCCUCCACUAGAAAUGCUAAAACAAAAUCUUGUAUAGGUUCUUUGUUCGAUAGUGAUUCUGUUCUUGUUAAGGAUUCUGUACGUGUGGUGAUUCUGUUCGUUAGCGAUUCUACUCUCGUAUGAUAAACAAAAACAAAAAAAUAAUGAAAAGGAAGGAAAGAGAUCAGGCAGACAAAGUUUCACUGGUUAGAUACAAGAAAGUUAAAAAAGGAAUAGAAAAGGUUGCAAGCAAGCAAGUUUCUUCAAGCCUCAUCCUCACUAGAAGAGAUCACCACAACAUCAACUUCCUUUGGCUCUGGAUCAGGUUUAAAAAGUCUUCUAUUAUUGGAAACAACAACAUCGGCGACACCAACUUGGACAACUCCACCAUCAGGAUUAGAACCAUCAACUUCAGUUCCAUCACCAGCCUCAUAGGAGCCAUUUGCAGUUGUUUUGGGAGCAACAGAAAUCUCUUGGGAGGACCAAAAGCACCAACGGUCCCAAUAUCAACAGAUGGGAGAGCAUCAUCGGCUGGAUAAUAUUCAUUCUCUUCAUCAUCGGAAAAGUGACCGUAAAGUUGAUGAACAUCAUGAAGAGCGUUCAAAUAAGCGGCACGAGCAGUUGUGGUCCCGGGCAGGGUGAUCAAGAUAGAAAUGUUCCCUGUCAAUGAGGAAAUCUUCCCUCAUCUGGUUGGUUAUGAGUACUCCGUGGAUAAAGCGAGACAUUCUUACGGUGAAACGAUGGUGGUUAACAAGAAAAGAGGGGAGGAAAUAUACCAGGAGGAAGACAAAGAAAGUGGUAGAAGGAAGAUGUUGAUAUACAAGAUUAUAUUUCGAGGAGAGGGAAAACAAUUCAAACCAAUCUCUACCGCAUUGAUUAACCCAGUACAAACUCUGGCGCUAGCUCCGGCAAACAAAAAACUGAAACCCACCUUUUACCUUUUCGGGUCAUCUCAAACAUCAUACGGGUCUCACCAUUUUUGUUUGAUUCUUUUCAGGUGCUUGGAGGUCCGUUAGAUUGGAAAGUCUAUCCGGGACGUAAACAUUUGUUUGGCUUGUGGUAUCGGUAUCCGAUCCAAGAUGGGUUCUCGGGGCAGGAGCAUUUUAGUGGAUGCGAGGUGCUGGUGAAGAGAUCGGGUUUCUGCAGAGUCUUGUCAACGACCUUACCCUACACCCUACAAACUAACCCCAUCUGUCCAUUGAAAGACGGUGAGUCAUGUCAAAACUUUAGUGUGAACAGCCAGCCACUAACCAACACGCCACACCUACAAAAAUUAGCCAUUCCUGGCCAUAUCCCCACAAGCCCCAACCACCAAAAUCUUGACACGCCACCCCUACACCAAAUAACCAACCCAACCCAACCCAUGCCCUAUGCAGGCAAGUACUGGCGCCUCGUGCUUGCAAAAAAGUGAACAUUAAUGGCUGUACAACCCCAGAGAAACACAUCACAAAGGCACCGUUAAUUUCUUACCCAAUAGUAACACAGCUGCCCAAAUUCACAGUUUUCUCUCAAAGGAAAAAAGAGAAGUUAUUCUUAAAACCCUGGUACUACCCAAAUUUUCAAAUCCAAAAUUUAUCAGUUAACAUUUCCAAGCUCAGUUUUUUUUGGAAGAAAAAGGAGUGGGUGAUUGAUAUAAUGAGUAAAUUGGGGGAGGAGUUGGCUAGUUUAUCAAAUCAAAUGGAGGAACAAUUGAAUUUACCUGAUGAUGAUGAGUCUGAGGUAGUGAUUAUAAACAAAGAAAUCCUAGAAAAGGAUGAAAUAGACUGGAAGCUGACGAUGAUGAGUAGAAUCUGUGUCGAUAGAAUAGUGUUACAAUGGGAGUACAUCAAUUUUGUGAGAGCAAAUUGGAAUCUAACAAGAACCAUGAUGAUAUGACCAUACAAGCAUAAGAAGUACAGGAAUGUGUUCAUCCUCAAAUGCAAAAAUGAGUCUGAUUUCCAUAAGAUCAAAGAAUUCAAACCAUGGCUCUUUAAAGGUGAUCUAGUUGCUAUAGCGGAAAUACCAAUCACUGGAAUUCCAUCUGAUGGAUCAUUUUGGAACAUGAACUAUUUUGGUUGAAAGCCAUAGAUGUACCCAUUGCUUACACAUCUAUGGAAGCACUGAAAAAAGUAGUCAACAGUGCAGGGGAAUACAAAAAACACGUCAUUCUGAUGGGCAACAACUUACUGGAGAAAGAUGUUAUGAUCCAGGUGAAGAUUGAGGUAAAGAAUAAAGUGAAGUUUAGGAUGGUUGCUGCUGAUGAGGAAGGGGAAAAGACGAUAAUCAACUUUGAAUAUGAUUGCCUGCCUUGAAAUUUAUGCACAAAUUGCAACAUUAUGGAUCAUCCGGAAUCACAUUGUAAGGGAAGUAGGCAAUGGAUUAACCCGGAAUUGCAGAAGCAAUUGGUUGUGGGGGAGGGAACUAGCUCUUUGGGGAAGGAAGGUACUGGGGAUGGAGUGAGUGUAGAGAAGGAAAAACAUAACUCUUCUCUGCAAGAGGAAGGAGAAGCCAUGAUAGUGGAAAAAGAAAAUAACAAGGAAAAAAGCUCACAACACAAGGACACAAAGAUAUCAGAUGGGUGGGUGAAACAAAAGGAGAAUGCAGUGAAGAAUUUGGCAAUAGUAAAACAAGGUACUACAAUUCUGGGAGCAAACAUAAAAGGGAAGGAAACCUAUGUUGAGAGUUCUAAGGAAGAUAUGAAGAUGGAGGCAAAUUGGAGUAUGCAAAAGAGCAUCACAGGGCUAGUAAUAAAUGAAAUUAAGCAACCUGUUCACAACACGGAUUGCACAACAAAAAUACAAAAAAGCCUAAAUCCAAAACCAGCAGAUCCCAUAUCAAAUGAACCACUCAUCAUGAAAAACGCAACACCAAUCUGCAAUGAGAGCAUGAAUGAUACCAACAAAAACCCCUACAAAACCGUCAGAUCAAACCAGAAAAAAGCCAUUCCAAUGAAACAGAGAGCAAGAGCUGUAAAUGACAACAACCCAAUACCACCUCUAGCAAAGAGGAAGCACAAUGUAGAUGAUACGGAAGACAUGAAUGAAGGGCACAAAAGAAUGAUGAAUAUCAAAACUGUGGGAAUGCCGCAGCUGCUCCAUGAUGGGUCUGAAUUCCAAAUGGGGAAAGGAGAAACUGGAAAACACAACAGCAAGAGUAAAAUAACUGAUACAAAUCCCAAAGCUAUCAGAGACUCUACAGAAAACAGAUCUAAAGUCACCGGCCAGCACUCGGACCAGUACAAUGAACUGGCUCCAGAGGAGGCAUCUAGGGACAUACAUGGAAUCAUGCAGACAAACUCGGAUACGCUAUCCAGUCUUGGACACCAGGUUCCUGAUGGUGAUGGUGCGAGUUGAUGUUGUGCAAGCCCUGCGGCCACUGAUGGUGCGAGUUGUACGCACCAUUUUUUUUGUCGUGA